UUGAGACUUUCCUCUUCUCCAAACGGUUACACAUCAGGUGCUAGUGCUCAUUUUAUCAUAUAUCAUAAGCAAAUUACAGUGUGGUUUCUCUUCUUGGAAUCAGCCACGUCUCUGCUCUAUCUUGGAUUUGGCUCGGCUGUACUGCUAACUACCCUAGACCUGGGGAGUCCAGCUAGAGCUACAUACCCAGGUACCCAAGUAGGUAUAUGCCCGCAAAACGCGAAAGCCGAAAGUUCGACGACGAGGAUCUACCAGAGUUUCUAGAGAACUCGCCCUUCUUACCCGUCUGGAAUGAGAGCGCAGCUAGGAAGGCAGCCGCGCCUAGGGCUGCCAGCAACACAGAGUUACUGAGAUCAAAGCCUGCGCGGCUGGCAUACGGUGUGCUCCUGUUGACAUGUAUACUCCUAUGGCUUCGGAGUGUACAUAUUUAUGACCGCUUGACGGGGCCAUCAUGCUAUUUUCGAACACCAGUGGCACCAGAUGAUGACUGGAGGGCAACAAGAGACUGGAGCAAGUAUGCAUAUUCUCUGUAUGCCACAGACAAGGAGUACCUUUGCAAUGCCGUUAUGAUAUUUGACGAUCUAAGUCAAUAUGGAAGUAAGGCAGAGAGGCUACUAUUAUACGCGGAUACUAUGGACGCCAAUGAUGGCGACUCUCCCGAAGGAAGGCUGCUUGCCAAAGCAAGAGACGAGCUUGGGGUAAAGCUGCAACCGGUUAAAGUCUUACACCAGGAAAGCGCUGCCUACUCGGGGCCUAACUGGGCCGACUCAUACACAAAGCUCCUGGCGUUCAAGCAAACCCAAUAUGACAGGCUGAUAACCUUGGACUCCGACUCUCUGCUGCUUGGAUCGCUGGACGAGCUCUUCUUCGUACCAUCAGCUCCAGCAGUCAUGCCGCGUGCCUAUUGGUUGAGCAAACCAACGAUGUCAUCGCAUAUCAUGGUGCUGACUCCAACCGAAGACGCAUUCCGAAAGGUGGAGGAUAUUAUUGAACGAAGGGCUGGCAAGGGUUUUUAUGAUAUGGAGAUCAUGAACUCCUUGUUUGGCGGCACCUGUGAGGUCCUCCCACACGAGCCUUAUGCCCUUCUCACAGGCGAGUUUCGAAGAAAAGACCACUCCGCUUUUCUCAGCUCCCAGUCUGGUGGGGCCUGGGUCCCCAAGGACGUGUUGAAGCAGGCCAAAAUGGUGCACUUUAGCGACAACCCAUUACCAAAACCCUGGGUUGCCAAAGACGAGAGGAUUCUGGCCGCGAAACCCGACUGUUUGUUCGACGCCGAGGCCGGGGAAGAGUGCCGAGGUCAGGAAAUCUGGUUAGAGUUCUAUAGGAGAUUCCGUGAAAGGAGAAAUAACAUAUGUGUUUGAAAC